GGCUUACUUCCGGUCUGCUGGCGGAGGCCGGAAGUGGCCGUUCUCGGGCUGCUGGAGAGUUGUGAAGUCGGUGGGAGCGGUCGGCGGGGCUUCGCGGAGACACCCUUUCUUCUCGCGGCUGAGCAGGGAUUUAACCAUCACCAUGUCGAGCAAAAGGGCAAAGACCAAGACCACCAAGAAGCGCCCUCAGCGCGCAACAUCCAAUGUGUUCGCCAUGUUUGACCAGUCCCAGAUCCAAGAGUUCAAAGAGGCCUUCAACAUGAUCGACCAGAACCGGGAUGGCUUCAUCGACAAGGAAGACUUGCACGACAUGCUUGCUUCAAUGGGAAAAAAUCCAACUGAUGAAUAUCUGGAUGCCAUGAUGAAUGAGGCCCCGGGGCCCAUCAACUUCACCAUGUUCCUCACCAUGUUUGGAGAGAAGUUGAAUGGCACAGACCCCGAAGAUGUCAUCAGAAAUGCCUUCGCUUGCUUUGACGAGGAAGCAACAGGCACCAUCCAGGAGGAUUACCUGAGGGAACUGCUGACCACCAUGGGCGAUCGGUUCACAGAUGAGGAAGUGGAUGAGCUGUACCGGGAGGCCCCCAUUGACAAAAAGGGGAAUUUCAACUACAUCGAGUUCACACGCAUCCUCAAGCACGGAGCCAAAGAAAAGGACGACUGAAGAGCUCCAAAUUCCAGCCAAAUGUUCCCUGUUGCCACUUGGGGUAUUUCUGAGAUCUCCCUCCUGGAACCUGUUACAUGCCCUAGCUUCCUCUUUUCCCCUUUCUUGUUUUGUAUUUAUAUAAUCUCAGCCUCUUUGGGCCACAUGUACCUUUAUAAUCAGACUGGAAAUGGGACUUUCUGUCAUUAUCCGACUAGAAAGUGAGGUCAUUAACUUACAGGCAGUCUUGUCCCUCCUGUGUAUAACUGCAGCCCACACAGAGUCAAUAUAUUUUUUCAGAGAAAGUUAUCCACUCAAUUUUUUCUGAAUGAUAAUUAAACUUUCUGAUAAAAUA